AUGGCUAAAAUUAUAGUCUCGGGUGUUUUAUUUACCCUUGGUUUAUGUGCUGCUACCCCAAUCUCAGCGCAAGGAGCUGAUAGUUUGUCAGCUGGCACAAAGUACCUCAUCACAUUUGGCGAUUCCUAUUCUACAACGGGUUUCAAUAUUCAAGGCAGUUAUCCUUCCACUGCAAACCCUCUGGGAAACCCAGCAUUUCCUGGUCAGACGACAGACGGAGGCGAAAAUUGGGUCGGAUUCUUGAUUGCCAAGUACAAUACAUCGCUUACGUUGUCUUUCAACUUUGCCGUGGCUGGAGCGACCACAGAUGCCAGCAUUAUUGCUCCCGGGGGCACUUCAAUUCCCGAUCUUCGCCAACAGGUAGCUCUCUUUAGCAAUAGCAUUGCUUCCAAGCCAGCAUCCGUACCCUGGGACAGUCACAAUACUCUGGCCGGUAUAUGGAUGGGAAUUAACGACCUAGGAGGAAUCUAUGCGCAGUCUAAUCUAGACGAACUCCUUAGCAAAAUAAUGACUUCGUACUUUGGCCAGUUGGAGAUCCUUUACAAGGCAGGAAUCAGAAAAUUUAUGUUACUUGCUGUCCCUCCCAUGCAGAGGACGCCCGUUUUUAUCGACCGAGGGAGCGAAGCCGUUAGUCAGGAUGCUGCUGCAAUUGCAAAAUACAACAGCCUACUCCAGACUCAUCUUCACGACUUCCUGUCGUCCCACCCUAACACCAAAGCGAAAUUCAUAGACACGCAACAGCCGUUCAACCAGGCACUCAACAACCCAACCGCCUACGGUGCACCAAAUGCAACUUGCGUCAAUUGGGAUGGACAUUCAUGCCUCUGGCGUGAUCCCUAUCACCCGGGGGUUGCGAUCCAGGAGCUUAACGCGCAGUAUGUCAAAUCAGAGCUUGAAGGCUGGUUCAUGCACAGAGAUUAG